AUGCGAGGACCGUCUGGCCCGGCAACGCCGGAAAGGACACACGGAGACAUGGAGGAGGACGAUCGCGGGCGGCCGAGCGACCGGGGGCAUCCUGCUUCGAGGGGCCGUGGAUCAGAGCUCGAGGACCCGCAGCACGAGGCGGAGUGUCUGUUCGUGCAAGUUGUUCGCCAGCUGCCACGCGGGGAGAUCGUGCGCAGGCUGUCGCCCGGCGAGCGGACUGCGCUGGCGGCGACGUGCUUGACGAUGAUGGCGGCGGUGCUCGAGGGCUGCGAGGGCGUGACGUGGACCACGUACCAGGCCGACGUGAGCCAGGAGCUGUACCGGAAGCUGCGGCGCGUGGUCGAGAAUCGCGCCACUGCACGCAUCGGCUGGCUGCCGCUGUCGUCGCCGGACCAAUCCGCGGUGUGGCACGUAGUGCGGGAGGUCGGGGCGGACGAGCAGGACGCGGGGCGCAUCGUGCAGCUUCGCGCGAGCUGCGAGUGGCGCAAGCUGCCCGUCACGCCGGACAUGACCAAGCUAGAACACCUCUACCUGUAUGGGUGCAAAAUCGCGCAGCGGUGGGGCGAAAACUGGCUGCCGGCGAGCGUGGCGCCGAGCAUCAAGGUCCUCGGCGUCGCCAACACCGACCUCACGCGGAUCCCCGACGGCCUGACAGCGCUGCGGGAGCUAGACAUCUCCCUGUGUGCUAUGGCGCGAGCGCUAGAUCCAUUAGGCGGCACCGAGCUGGACGAGGACUUCCUGCCGCGCAGCUGCCGCGGCAGCCUGCGCGUGCUCAACGCCUUCGCCACCGUGCUUCGGGCGCUCCCGGAGGACUUGACGGCGCUCGAGCACCUCCAGAUAUCAAACCUGGGUGACGCCGCCAUGCGUUUGCCGGAGUCGAGCGUUCGGAAGCUCAAGACGCUGCUCAUCGAGGGCCGCUGCGACUCGCUCCCCGCUGGCAUGGAGGCCCUCGAGUCUCUGAUGAUUCGCGAGUGCGUAUUCGAUGACACUUCGGACGAGCCUUUGCCGUUGCUUCCGCCGUCGAGCGCCGCCCGCGUCCGGAACAUCGUCGCCGACCACAGCACCCUCCGGGGCCUGCCCGAGGGCAUGGCCGACCUCGAGUGGCUCAGCGUGAGCUACUGCCCGGAGCUCGCACCCACGGAGUGGCUGCCGGUCUCGUCGGCGGGACGGCUGCGGGUGCUCCUCGCGGACAGCACGGCGAUCGAGCGACUCCCGGCACACAUGGAGGCGCUCGAGAUCCUCAGCGUGUGCCAUUGCGAGCAGCUCGAUCCGGACGGAUGGCUGCCCGAAUCAAGCGGGACCCGGCUGCGCUUUCUACGUGCUACGCAGUGCUCCAUGCGCCGGCUCCCGGACAACAUGGAGGCGCUGGAGUACCUGCGCGUCGACAGCUGCGAGCGGCUCGCUGGGGAGGGCUUCCUGCCGGAGUCCAGCGCCACGGCGCUGCGCGGUUUGAGCGCGAAGAGGUCGCCUAUACGAAAGCUGCCCGGAAACAUGGCGGCGCUCGAGGUGCUGCACAUCGUCAAGUGCGACCAGCUCGACGAGGAGUGCGUGCUCCCGGGCUCGAGCGCCGGCAAGCUGCGGGUCCUCCACGCCAGCGGCAGCAGCCUGAGAGCCCUGCCACAGGGCGCGACGGCGGUGGAGGAGCUGCUCGUGCGAGGGUGCGAAGCGCUGGGGGGUGUGUUGGAUGCCGGCGCGAUCGCGCGGCUGCACACGUGGGACGUGCGGGACACGAAGCUCAGCGUCCCUGAAGGCACGCCUUCGUGUCAGGGGGAGGUGUAUAAGUGGAGGGAUCCUCGAACCCCGCUUCUCGAAGGCAUGAUGGGGUUCUACCUGUGA